GCACGCAACUAAAAGUCUACACUCUACGGUCAAUGCACUGAAUUUAGCAAAGGCGAAGAAAAUCGAGCGCGGUCUCUUGACCUUCGCCAAAAACCAUCGAUGGCGAAUACUUCAUGGAAGCAGAAAGAAUUCAUCUUUAUCAUAGUUUAUGCGAUUUGUUUCUACACUUUCAUCAUCCAUCGUUCUCUUCAACUUUCUCACGGUUUCUUACUUUCUCUUUCUUCCUUAUUUCUCUAAUUCGCCACUCCAAAUCCGGUACUUUGAUGGAAUUCAUUUUUUAUACUUGCAGAUUACUAUCAAUAUCUUCGAGGUCUUCGAUAUGGAUGGCUUGCAAAUCGACUCAAUAUGCGCAAUGGAGAAAUUUCCGUGGAAAUUUGCCAAUUCUUACAGCUGUUUUUGGAUUACUUACUAUUGUUGCUACUAGUUUGCGGAAAUUCUAUCACUUACGAGCUAGUGGAAUGUCGAUUGUCUGGCUUUUUGUUUCUUUGAUCUAUUUAAUUUAUUUACACGGAGCUUGUGUUCUUUUCAUUCUAUGGAUUGCUUCGCUGAAUUUUGUUCUUGUCAAGAUUUUUGCAAGGACAAAGUACUUCUCUUUUGUGUUGUGGACUUUUAAUGUGUUCUUCCUAAUUUUUAAUCGUGUUUAUGAAGGAUAUUCUUUCGCGAUCUUUGGGCAUCAGUGGGCAUACUUAGACAGUUUCCGGGGUACAUUUAGGUGGCACAUUUGCUUUAACUUUGUUACCCUGCGCAUGUUAAGCUAUGGAUAUGAUUACCACUGGGCACAAAAGGACACUCACUUUGAUAAGGAGAAGCAUAUUCGGCAUUGCUCAAUUUGUAAAUCGGGAAGAACAUGUUACUUAUUUUUACAGGAGAGGAGCUUAGAGGAGGACAAAUACUCAUAUGUCUUAUAUCUGUGUUACCUGUCAUAUGCUCCACUUUAUAUUGCUGGACCCAUCAUUAGUUUCAAUGCGUUUGCAUCACAGAUAGAUCAGCCGCAGAAUACGUAUUUUCCCAAAGAUGUUGCUCUUUAUGGGUUAAGAUGGGCUUUCUCUCUUGGCCUAGUUGAACUGAUUACCCACUUCUUCUAUUACAACGCUUUUGCACUGAGUGGCUUGUGGAACCGGCUAUCAGCUUUUGAUGUAUUUAUCAUUGGGUAUGGGGUUCUGAAUUUCAUGUGGCUGAAGUUUCUUCUCAUCUGGCGCUAUUUCCGGUUCUGGUCAUUGCUUAAUGGAAUUGAGGCUCCAGAAAAUAUGCCUAAAUGCAUUAACAAUUGCCACAACUUGGAGAGCUUUUGGAAAAGUUGGCAUGCAUCCUACAAUAAGUGGCUUGUGAGAUAUAUCUACAUUCCUCUUGGAGGUGCAAGAACAAAGUUGCUAAAUGUGUGGGUUAUAUUCACAUUUGUGGCUAUUUGGCAUGAUUUGGAAUGGAAGCUUCUAUCUUGGGCAUGGCUGACAUGCAUCUUCUUUAUUCCAGAAAUAUUGCUGAAAUCAGCAGCUAACACUUUUAAGGUGGAAAGCCCUUUCUGGAACUUUUUAUUCCGUGAAUUGAGUGCAAUUUCUGGAGCUAUCACAAUUACUUGUCUCAUGAUUGCUAAUCUUGUGGGAUUCGUUGUUGGACCAUCAGGAAUUAAUUUUCUAAUAUCGGGUUUUCUUCAUAAAGAAGGACUGCCUGUACUAGCGGGCAUUUUUUUAACCUUCUAUCUAGGAACAAAGCUGAUGUUCCAUAUUCGCGACUCCAGGCAACAAUCCUCUUGAACCAAAUCUUCCCGAAAUAGAAAAUCCCCUUAACUAUUUGUUAUACAGAACAUUAUACAAGAAAAUCAGUGCUGGAUCCUGUUGAAUUUCGGAUAAGCUUGAGGUUCGAAACUUGUAUUGAUAUGGGCUUAGUUCUCAUCUCAAGGAGUAGAGAAGAUAGUAGAUUUUACUGUAUUGUAUUUUUGGAGGGUUGAAGUCGCUUCUGGUGAGAAGACACGCACACAACCUCGUUGCAGAUUGUGUACAAGAUGUGUUAGAGCUGAUACCGCGUACUCCUAUCAUAUUGUUUGCUUGAAUUCAAUGUGUCAAAAGUUUUGUAUCCUGUGAAACUAGGCAGCUGAUUUUUUAAAUAUGCACAUUUUUGUUUUCGGAUGAAGUAAACCACAGAAGCAUUCGAGUCAUUUUUGUCAUUUGAUGGCCAUCAUUCCAAGGUUCCACAGAAGCAUUUGGUCAUUUAUUUGAAUAGAUGGCCAUCAUUCAAAGGUUUAUCAUUUAAAUGGGAAUCGCGAUGCUCAUUAUAAUCUCUAAA